AUGUCUUAUUUGUCAGAAUCCUCAGAGUUAUUUGUAAAUUAUGAUGAAGAAGUUACUUCAAUAUGUAAAAAGCUGUAAUACAUUUUAACUACUGUUGAUACCCAAGAAGAUAAAAUAUUUGCUUUGAAAGAGGCAUAAAGUUGUAUUGAUUCUGCUAAUGAAAAUGUAAAUGUUUUGAUAAAUGAAGUUAAAAUAAAUGGAAGUAGAAUUAUAAGGAUUUGCUAAAAAUAUUAAAGAUAAUUUAAAAGAGUAAUUCAUUAUGCAAAAAAGAAAAUUGGAAGAAAUGAAAAAGGUUUAUAAUUAGAUGAAAUCUAAAUAUGAAAGCAUAACAUCAAAAGACUAAUUAUUUGGUAAGGAUUAAUAAAGGUAAAACCUUCUCAAAUAGUAAGAAAAACUAUAUGAUUAAAAUAUGAAAAUAUAAGAUGCAAAAGUGGUGAUGUAUGGUUUAGAGAAGGAGGCCAAUGACAUUUAAAUAAAUCUUCACAUACAAACAAAUAAGAUAAAAGGUAGUAUUGGAAAAUAAUAACGUAAAUAUCUUGUGCAAUUUUAGCUAUUAGGGAUGCAUUAAGUAAUUCAUAUACUUUAAUAAAAACUAUGUAACAUAGAAUUAGAAAUAACAAACUAGUAUUAUUUGUAGUUUGUGGAAUCAUUUUGUUUGCAAUUCUUAUAAUUAUAUUUAUGCAUAUGUGA